AUAGUUUCUUUUUCCUCUAGCCUAUUAGUAAUGCUGAUUUUAUUGUUCCCGUUGAAAUCGAUGGAACUAUACAUCAGGUGUAUGUGCUGAAGCGGCCACAUGUGGACGAGUUCCUCCAGAGGAUGGGGCAGCUGUUUGAGUGUGUGCUCUUUACUGCCAGCUUGGCCAAGUACGCAGACCCUGUGGCUGACCUGCUGGACCGCUGGGGUGUGUUCCGGGCCCGGCUCUUCCGAGAAUCGUGUGUUUUCCAUCGAGGGAACUAUGUGAAAGACCUGAGUCGCCUUGGGCGGGAGCUGAGCAAAGUGAUCAUCGUGGACAAUUCUCCUGCCUCGUACAUCUUCCAUCCUGAGAAUGCAGUGCCUGUGCAGUCCUGGUUCGAUGACAUGACGGACACGGAGCUACUGGACCUCAUCCCCUUCUUUGAGGGCCUGAGCCAGGAAGACGACGUGUACAGCAUGCUGCACAGACUCUGCAUGAAGCCAGCUGCCAAUCACGUCCUCCCAACAGCACUUUGGUCUGCAGACUGCCGUGCUUUCAGAAGAGAACUGCACAGCCUCACACCGGCACCUUGGGUCUCCCGGUGCCCCAGCUUCUGAAGAGCAGGGGCCAAUGGGAGCAGGAUCUCAGGAGCCACGGACCUUGACUCCAAGGGGAGCUAGGAAACCACUCUGCCCAGUGUUAGGACCCUGGCUUCAUCUCCCCAGACAGAAGUGGUCUGGCUCACCAUCCUCCCCCAAGGAUUCCAGCCCUACCAACAGGCUUCCAAGUGCAGCCUGAGGAAACCACAGCCCCCACCCCAGCCCCUCAGAGCCACAGGCAUUGAGUGUGGUACCUAAACCCAUAGCCCUCGCAUACGCUGGCUGAGGUGCUGUGGUUAUCAGAUGAAGCAUGGCAAAGGACCCAGGAAGAGAGUAAGGAUAUCCAGAACAGUUUUCUCGCACUGGGACAUCCAGAAACAUUGCCCUCAGCCCAGCCCCUCUGUAUGAGAAGGUAAGGGGCUACAAGUUCCCCUCCCUGCCCCUCUGCUAGGAAGUCCCGGCAGAGCCUUGGGCACAGCCUCACCACUCUAAGGACUGUCUCUUCAUAAUGAUACCUAAUUCAGAUAACAGAAAACACCAGGGUCAACAGUCUCAGCAGAUGGGUCUUAUCCCCAUUCUAUGGAUGAGAAAACGGAGACCAGUGAGACAGUGCUCUGCAGUCUAUUCUGUCUGUCACAGGGAUACAGGGUUCUGCCAGGCAUGUAUAUUCAUCCCAAAGAACACCGGGCACAGUGUUAUAUCAGGCCAGGAAACCUAAUAUUUACCCAGAGACACACCCCAAACCCCACCCACCCCCCAGUUAGUCUGUGCCAUGCCCCUAGGUGCCCUCUCUGCAGUAGAGCACCUGGCCGGCCAGAGCGGUCACCCCAGCUUCCUCCCUGGUUCUGGAUUCCUAGGCUCUGUCCCUCUUUCUCUCCUUCGCUCAGCUCCCUAGCCCUCUCCCUCCCCUUGCCUUCUCUGGCAUUGCCCCCAGGCCCCACCUUUGCAUACAAGCAAACAAAUGGUUGAGAACUGUCACUGCCCCUGAAGCUGGGUUUAAAUGGUCGGGGGUGGACUUGAGGAUCUGUAUUUUUUAGGGCCCUCAGGUUUCUAAUGGGCAGCCAGAACUGAGAAUCACUGGGUUAGGAGAGGGUGCUGUAAGGGAGGUGUGGGGUGGAAAACCUAGAGCCCACAUAGCCUCCUCCUGAAGGCCUGAGGGUCCAGUGUGUUCUCCUUGGAGAUCAGGCUAGUGGCCAUGCCAGUUGGUGAAUCUGGGCCAUGAGCAGCCUGUUGAUUCACAGGCAGCCCUGGCACAGGAGAUGUGUGCCACGCCAGCAUCCCAGGUUACACAGACCGUGCUGCUUAUCCAUAAGCUCAGCAGACUGUCUUCCCAGGUCGGCUUUCCCCAGCCACUCCUCCCCAGCCUCCUACCCAGGUCCUGGAAUACAGAGGUGAUAGGUGCUCAAACAAGAAAACAUCAGGAGGUGAACUCUCAGUAUGCCAGGUCCCAAGCAAGUGACCUCUUGAUGACCUGUUCCCUUCCCACCUAUUCAGAGGACCCGUGCCAGCCCAGGUCUCUAAGGGUGGGCAUCAUAUUUUUACGUGCCCAGAUGAUUCAAAGGUGCAACCAGGGCUGAGAACCCCCACUCUGACUGGCUAUGGAAGAAAAGAAAGUCCCCCAAAACUCUUCCAGGCCUGACAUCUCCAGGUAUGGCAGAGGAGCUAUGGGCAGGGCUUAGGCGGAAUGACAUAUUGCUUUACCUGAAAGAUGUUAUGUAUUCAUUGCAAAAAAUUCAGGAAACUCAGAAAAGUACACAGAAAACACCAUAUGGACACUGGGAGUCUUUCCCAAGGCAGGGGUGAGGAGGGGGUCCCAAUAAGAUCCCCAGCUGCCUGACAGCUCCCUGCUUUUACAGUGAGGUGGGGAGCAGAGUAGCUACCCCCACUUCACAUUGG